UACAAGAAUUGUUCUUCCAAUCUGGAAAUUCCCAUCAUAGUGAAAACCUAUAAAGAUCAUCCUUUUCUGUUCAUAUCUUUUUAUGUAUUCUGAUUGAGACAAUAUUCUUGAAAUAAUUUUUCUCUGUAAUCUACUCCAUUGCCUCUUUGUGGUAUUUAUGGAAAAUGACGAACAAAAAUUGAUUUCCUUUUCUCUACCACGAUAUUUUUCCUAAUCUGAGCAGAGCACGAGGAUUUUCAUAUUUCAAGCGGCAAUUACCGCCUGAGAAACUCUCAGUCACCUCGAAAGUUGCUGUGAUCGGUGAUCCUCUGUCUUUUUGUUUGUUUCAAUGGCUUUAACCACCACUCUCUUCGCCUCAAAACCUCCGCCACCACUCUGUUCUUAUCUCUUCUUCCUCCUACUCUGCAUUUUUGGUUUCUACACCUUCCACCACCCUCACCUACGAAAUCCCCAAAAAACUCUUGACCACUACCACAAUCUCUUCCUCUCUACCGCCAACAACUCAACAAUCGCCACCUACCUCCGCGCUCUUACCCUCCAUCCCCACCUCGCCGGCACAGCCGCUUCGCUUGGCACCACCAACUACGUCUACACUCAGUUCCAAACCCUCGGACUAAAGACUCACCAAACACACUACAAAGCCCUGCUUUCUUAUCCUGUCCACUCGUCCCUCGCCGCGCAUUUUAGCAACGGCACUCGCUUGUACUUAAAUUUAAAUGAAAAAGGGGUGGCCCCCGACGUUGUUCCACCCUACCAUGCCUACUCGCCGUCCGGGUCGGCGUACGCUAAGGUGGUGUUUGUGAACUUUGGCAGGGAGGAGGACUAUCGUGCGCUGGGGGUGGUUGGGGUGAACGUUAGUGGGUGUGUGUUGAUUGCGAGGAAGGGUGGUGGUUUGAGUAGAGGUGGGGUUGUUAGAGGAGCUGAGGCUAAAGGUGCGCUGGCGGUGCUAUUGUACACCGAGGGGGACAUGGGAGGGGGCGUGGAGAGGGGGACUGUGAUGAGUGGCGUAGGGGACCCACAGAGCCCGGGGUGGGCGGGGGUUGAAGGAGGAGAAAGACUGAGUUUUGAGGACAGUGAGGUCUUGAAUAGAUUUCCCAAAAUUCCAUCUAUGCCCUUGUCCCCUGAGAACGCUGACGUCAUCUUGGGUUCUCUUGGUGGUCCCGCGGUGCCCCAGCGGUGGAGGGAUUCCCUCCGUUCCAGGGUCAGUCGGGUUGGACCUGGUCCGACCAUGGUGAACUUCACCUACCAGGCAGAGAAAAAGGUCGCAACAAUUCAUAAUGUUUUCGCAAUCAUAAGGGGCAGAGAAGAGGUGGACCGUUAUGUACUCCUUGGCAACCACAGAGAUGCAUGGACUUAUGGUGCAGUUGAUCCCAACAGUGGGACUGCAGCCUUGCUUGACAUUGCUAGAAGAUACGCUCUUUUGGUGCGCAUGGGCUGGAAUCCUCGAAGGACAAUAGUAUUCUGUAGUUGGGAUGCUGAAGAGUUUGGAAUGAUAGGAUCUACCGAGUGGGUUGAACAAAACCUUGUGAAUCUGGAUGCCAAAGCUGUGACCUACCUCAAUGUAGAUUGUGCUGUUCAAGGGCCAGGAUUCUUCGCUGCAGCAACUCCUCAGCUGGAUAAUCUUCUUAUUGAUGUGACAAAAAAGGUCAAGGAUCCUGACAUGGAAGGGGCAACAGUAUACGAGGAAUGGACCAGCACAAAUAGAGUCACCAAUAUUCAAAGACUCAGCGGAGUGGAUUCUGAUUUCGCACCAUUCUUGCAACAUGCAGGGAUACCUUCAAUUGAUAUAUACUAUGGAGGAGAGUUCCCUGUUUAUCACACAGCUUUUGACUCCUAUGACUGGAUAACAACCUAUGCUGAUCCAUUGUUUCAACGUCACAUUGCUGUUGCUGGAGUUUGGGGACUUCUAGCCCUUCGCCUGGCCGAUGAUUCAGUUCUGCCUUUCAAUUACCUCUCCUAUGCAUAUCAAUUGCAGCGACAUAAAGAUGUCUUGAGCAGCCUAUUGGAUGAGAGCACAUGCUGCAUAUCCCUUGAACCUUUAACCAGAUCAAUUCAAGAACUUGCCGCUGCUGCAACAGUGGCUGAGGAUGAAGCGAAGAGAUUAAGAGAUCAAGAAAUCAAGGAUGAUUUUGGGGUCUUGAAGUUGCGAGCAUUGAAUGAUAGACUGAUGCUUGCUGAAAGAGGCUUCUUGGAUGCAGAUGGGCUCCGAGGCAGGCAGUGGUUUAAGCAUCUUAUUUAUGGACCUCAAGGUGACUAUGAAAGCAAACUGACUUUCUUUCCCGGAAUCGCGGAUGCUAUUCAUCGAUCCCAGAAGAUGAACAAAAGAGAUGGGCAUGCCCUAAUCCGAAGUGAGAUCUGGAGGGUUGCCAGAGCCAUAGGAAGGGCUGCCAGUGCUCUUAAAGGAGAACUCACCUGAAAAUAAAUUAGAAAUACAAUUGCACAGAAGAGAGAAAUUUUGACUUAUGCUUACAGAUUUGGAUCUCUUUUGUUUCUUGAAAUAUGUUUUAUGUAUUGUCAUGUGUAAAGAACAUGUCUAAAUAGCAAUGAAAACCACAGUUUACUUGAUCCUUGUUCAAA